CCCCCCAAGUCCUCUCUAUUCAAUUAUCGCAUCGUUGUCACCGGUCGCUUUCAUCAUGUCGAAAUCAAACAGCACCAACCUGGCAUUCCCUGCCGAGGCAGCGACGAAGGAGUAUGCUGCAUCUCUAGAUUCUUCUGAUAGUCUAGCUACCUUCCGGGACAAGUUCAUUGUCCCAUCGAAAGCAAACAUUGUUUCGAAGAAACUUGCAAAGCCUGGUCUUUCAUCCGAACCAUGCAUUUACUUCUGUGGGAAUUCACUUGGCAUCCAGCCCAAGCCCACCGCAAGGUACCUGGAAGCACAGCUGGACACUUGGUCAUCGAUCGGGGUGGGCGGUCACUUCACCGACCUCGAAGACUCUCCCCUGAAGCAAUGGCAGCUGCUUUCGGAGCAAGCAGCUGAGUCAAUGAGCAAAAUUGUCGGCGCAAAGGCUGAGGAGGUUGCAGCUAUGGGAACACUGACAACAAAUCUCCAUCUGCUGCUGGCCAGCUUCUAUAAGCCGACGGAAACAAAGCACAAGAUCCUGAUGGACUGGAAGGCGUUCCCAAGUGAUCAUUAUGCCAUCGAGUCCCAUAUUGCCUGGCAUGACUUGGAUCCAAAAGAGUCCAUGGUGUUAAUCAGCCCUGACGAGGGCGAGUAUGAGAUAUCCACGCAGAAGAUUUUCUCGUAUAUCGACAAGCAUUCCGACGAUGCUGCUCUCAUUCUCCUUCCCGGUAUUCAGUACUAUACCGGCCAGCUUUUCGACAUCCAAAGAAUUACCAAGUAUGCGCACUCGCGCAACAUGGUGGUCGGGUGGGAUCUAGCCCAUGCCUUUGCUAAUGCUGAGCUAAAAUUGCACGAUUGGAACGUUGACUUUGCAGCAUGGUGCACAUACAAAUAUGGAAACGCUGGCCCAGGUGCCAUGGGGGGCCUCUUUGUGCACGAGAAGCAUGGCGAGGUCGACUACAGCGCAGGAGAAGAUGAGCCCAAGUUCCGGCAUCGUUUGACCGGAUGGUAUGGUGGCGAUAGAUCGGUGAGGUUCAAGAUGGAUAACAAAUUCAAACCUAUUCCUGGGGCUGGGGGGUUCCAAAUUUCGAAUCCUUCGGCCAUCGAUCUUGCAUGUCUUUGUGCCGCUCUCUCUGUCUUCGAUGAAACAUCGAUGGCAGACCUUCGCAGGAAGUCCGUGUCUUUAACAGCAUAUCUUGAGUUCUUGUUGCUCAAAGACACCGAAGAGGAGUCAAGACCGUUCCGUAUAAUUACACCCGCACACCCUGAGGCUAGAGGCGCGCAGCUCAGUCUCCUACUCAAGCCUGGUCUGUUGCAGAAUGUGGCACACAGGUUGCAGGAAGCAGGAAUUGUUUGCGAUAAACGGGAGCCGGGUGUCGUGCGCGUGGCUCCGGUUCCUUUAUAUAACACCUUCAGUGAGGUAUGGACAUUUGCUAAGAUUUUCAAGGAUGCGCUUGCAGAGUGAUGGAGGCUUGGCUGUACCCAUAAGUUAUUUCCCUGGUUGGAUUUGUUAGCGUUAUUUUGAUGGGAAUUCCUAGAGAUAGAUACCAACAUUUCGGGGUUUUGAUACUAAGAUUUGCUCAUAUUGUACUUGAAUUAAUGAUGAUUUGACCAUGUAGUUUGAGAUUUGAUUGCGAAUUUGCUUAGUGGGAAGCUUGAGAAUAUAGGAGUCAAUGUCCAGAAUACCAACGU